AUGUUCAUCAAGAGCGCCAAAGCCGACGAGUCCGAGUCAUUUUCCAAGGAAGUAUUGCUAAAAGGGGAUGACUGCAAGGCUUUCGCAUGCCACAAAGCACCAGUGCGACGAUCACGGCAACGAUUUUCUUAUGAGCAGCAGUUACUACAGCAACCACAGCCUCAGCAGCAGCAACAAACAUGGCAUUUAGCGACAGAAUAG